AUGAAAAAGGCAAUUCGAAUGGCCUUAGGAAAUUUGAAAGGAAUGAAGAACGAGCUCAUUGUUCCUUCCUCAAAAAAAGAAAAAGAGACUUUGUCCAUGUUUAGCAUCUUAAAAGAAGUAGAAGUAGUCACUGUGAGCUCAUUUGAAUAUUUGUUGUUGUUUAUCACUGGCCCAAAGGGACAACCAAAGCAAAGCAGGUGGUCAGUAAUCUCCAAGUUGAUGCAGCCUAAUAAAGUGGAAUGUGACUCUGAAGGGUCAGACACAAAUGGAUUUGAGAAGUUGGAUGGAGAUUUGCAGUCUCUCAUCAAUCACAAGCCUUCAUCAAUUGACAAUUUUCAAAGCCAUAUGCAAAAUUUGGAGAUUUUCCUUCAGCAUCUAGAAGUUGAAGUUGAACGCCUAUCAAGGCAACUAAUUAGAACCAGAGUUUCCCUUCUCAACCUCUUCAACCACUAG